AUGAAUGCUCGAAACACCAUAAUAUCUUCGAUCAAAAUGCCAGUGGAAUUGAUACCGGUGAACCUGAAGCCCGACCACAUGGGCGCCGGUCCGGCCAUACCCUUGAAAUACAACCCGAACUACCGACUGGACCACUUCUACAAGUACAAGCACGAGACCAUCAGCCGGAUGCCGCCGUACCAUUACAAAUGGGGCGGCAUGGACUACAAAUACACCCCUCACAACGACCGAUCGGUGUACAAAAAGCGCGAGGGGUACUACUACAUACCCCCUACGAAAGUCUCCAUGGUGGAUAGGGGUCGAUUGAAGGAAAUCGACGAUUUCUACACGGUCUCCCAGUUGCACAGGGACAAUUACAGGGACGACACGGACACGUUGUACCCCAUGCGGUACUUCAAACGGGCGGAGUACGUGUACCAGUGCCCGCCGAACACGACGUCGCGGUACUUCUCUUACCCGGAGUACCACGUGAAGUACAAGCAUCCGUACGUGGUGCCGUUGACUUUGGGCAGGACCGUGAGGCCCACUUUGUUGCCCGAUAGGGCGCUCACGGGCGUGUUCGCGCCCUCCAGCACGUUCACUUGGAAGAUUUGA